AUGGGACCUGAAAAAGAAAAAGAACAAGAAACGGCUGGUUCUUUUAAUGCCAUGAAUAACUCGCUAUCAGCUACAAACAACGGAAAUGCUAAAGAGAUUAGCAUGAAUAUCAUAAAGGAUUCGACAAGGGUUCAUACACCAAAACCUACGAUAACUCAACAAGUUCAAUCGAUUGCUUCAAACACACUGAAAAGUUUGAGUCCAAACUUUACAUCGUCUGUACCAUAUGAUUCUUCACAAAUUGCGGAGUAUAUAUUAAAUGUUCUACCUGAGAGACCGGGAGAAAACGAGAUUUUUGACAGUUUUCUUAAGAGUAGAGAAAAUAUGACAAUCUAUAAUAUGGAAGAGCGUCCAUCGAAUCCUGUGAAUAUAAAGUCAAGUUCAUCGCCACAUCCGACGAAGAAUGAUAAACACAUUUCUCAGAUUGCAAGCAAAUCUGGACAACAAUUCGCCAAUCAAAAGCGAAGAAUAUCCUCCGGUUAUUUCGGUACAUCUGAUCCUGUGAUUAUUUCUGAUGAAGAUGAGGAGAAGAAUGAGAGGAGAGUAUCAAAAAACACGAAACAAAGUAAUUACAUUUUAUUUUCAAACGAAGAAGAGGAAGACCAUGCAUGGAUUACAGAGAAAGAGAGAAUGGUGAAGCUUUAUUCCCAUAAACUUCAUCUACGUAAACCACGAAUGCAGGACCCCAAUCUUUGUUCUCACGAAAUAGAAUUUCUGUCGGAUUUUGAUGAUGACGAUUAA